AUGGAUUCAGGGGAUGGCUCUGUUUCAAGAUGGUUGUGUCGAAAUUGUAAGCGUCCCAUUACCAAAUUGAGAAACACAACUUGUGAAUGUGGGUGUGAAACAUGGGUAGACGAUCGAACUCACGAGAAAUGGCCUUUCGUUGUGGAUAUACCAUUAGGGAUUCCUCCACUUACUGUUGAGGGUGAAAACAACAAAGGUCCAAGUCUUCUAAGUGAUGACGAGGAGUCUGAAGAGGAAUAUGAAGUUACUGAGAAUAUUGGAGAGGAUGGAAGGAAAAGAAGAAUGACGGAGCCUUCUAGAGAGGAGGUGGAGACUGAACUUGAUGUUGUUAACGUUGCGGAGGAGGAGGAGGAAGAGUUGGAGAAGGAUGAGGAGGACGAGGAGACUGAUCCUGAUGUUGUUAUUGUUGAGGAGGAUGAAGAAGAGGAGAGUGAUCCUGAUGUUGUUAUCGUUAUGGAAGAGGAAAAUGAGGAGAUGGAGAGUGAUCCUGAUGUUGUUAACUUUGUGGAGGAGGAGGUGGAUACUGAACCUGAUGUUGUUAACGUUGUAGAGGAGGAUGAGGAGGGAGAGAGUGAUCCUGAUGUUGUUAUGGUUACGGAGGAGGAGGAUGAGCUGGUGGAGAGUGAUCAUGAUGUUGUUAACGUUGCGGAUGAAGAGGAGGUGGAGACUGAGCCUGAUGUUGUUAACAUUGUGGAUGAGGAGGAAGAGAGUGAUCCUAAUGUUGUUAUUGUUAUGGAGGAGGAUGAGGAGGACGUUGAGAGUGAUCCUGAUGUUGUUAACGUUGCGAAAGAGGAGGAAGAUGUGGAGACUAAACUUGAUGUUGUUAAUGUUACGAAGGAGGAGAAGGAUAAUGGGGAUGAGGAGAGUGCUCCUGAUGUUGUUAUCAUUAAGGAGAAGGCGGGGCUCCUGUGUUGA